GACUAACUACAGUAGUAUGCGACACGGUCCACGUCCAGCACUACCAUCUCCAACCACCAACCACGCCCUCCCGACUCGCUGGCUGCAACUCAACUGUCUUGCGCUGCGUCUAUAUGCACCACUUGUCUCCACGUACCUGCGGUACUCUGGUCUCCUGUUGCAGCUGUAGGGCCCCUCCUUUGCCCAUGAGAGCUGCUACUCCUCCUUCUUCACGCUCAGCUAGCUAGAGAGCUUCUAGCUAUCUUCUCCGGCAGCUUCAUAUCAUUCAGCCUUGAGAGACCCACACCAACUCACCAGAGUCCCUGCCUGUGCCUCGACUAGGAGCACGCUGCUUCACUGUUCCUCAUAGCCAGCCUCAAGGCCCCGUCCUGGAGGCCAGAGGGAUCGAUAAUUGCAGAUGAGCCUUGCUCCAACAAUGGCCUUGGAGAGCCCCCUCGUCUCUUCACCAGGAAAUCUUAUGUCUGCUUUCUCGCCGUAUACAGAAUUCUCUUUAUCACCAAACUCCCCAGCUCAACAUUCUCCUCGAUUUCAGACCAUGUCGGCACGCAACUCCUCCGAUUCGUCACGGCUUCGUCCAAACUCAAUUGAAGAUGGCGGACUUUCUCCCAACAGUCUACAGAUGACAAGUCCAAGUGAUAUGGUAGGACCAUCACCGGUGACCUCGAAUGGCACAGAGACAACCGAGAUAGAAGACGAGGCCGCAGAUGAGGUGGAAGAAGAACAUAAUACACCACCAAGAGUAGCUGAAUCGGUGGAUUCGCAGGCGACAUUGAAGAGACUCACCACCACUGUCCCAGAUUACUUUCGAGCUUCUCUCGAGGAUGAAUCUAUCUCUGUCAUACAUGCGCCUGAGGGUUAUGGAAACUUCGCAUCCAGGGAAAGCCUUCCUCCCAUGCGACCGAAUCCAGCCGAUAGAGCCACGCCAACUCCAUAUCAGCAGGGUGAAGCUACCCCUUCCGCAAUUCGAGUAGACCUACAAGUUAUAAAAGAUAAGAACUCACAGCCAAGCCCCAUCUCACCCCCACCAAUAUCGACAGAUGUCACCCCGGUGAAAUAUGGAUUGGAAAACGCUACACCACGAGCCCAAACUCGACAAGAAGUAGAAGCUCUAGCAGGCGACUACGGUUCGAUUCGGUCAAGUAGCGUCAGCAGCCUUGAAGGCAUUCCUGAAGAUCAACGCGAGACCGACGACGACGAUUUCGAUGCCCAGACCGUUUCCAAUUCCGAACAGGAAGUCAUAGCAUUGAAGACGGCUCUACAUGAAUGCUGGACGUUGUGCAAUACCCUUGCAAGUCUUAGCUCUAUCCACCGGGAGAGAAUAUUUAGCUAUUCUGGAACUGGAGAUGCACAGGAGAAAGCUUGGAAGUGCUGUUGGAAGCUAUGCCAGAAGCUUUACGAUAGCCGAGAUGAAGAGCAAGACUUUCACGUCAGACCUACUCUCGACUUAUGCCGAGAUUUCUGUCAAUCGUUGUUCGAUGUACGGCAACAGAAAGACGAAAUUUCGGACUCAGUCUUACGUGUCAGCUUUGAAUUGAACAACCAUUUAUACAAUACUCACGACAGAAACCUUCCCGAAGCAUUCAGGGAACGGACCUUGGACUUCUACAUUACCUUAUGUCAUCGACUCAUGAAGCAACGGAAUGAGUUAGCAGAGGAGACGGAUGCUCUCCUACGAGCUUGUUGGGGAUUGGCUGAAAUGCUUUUCAGCCUUCGCCAGAAUAAGAGGGAGGGCAAAGCUCCAGAUGAGGAACUUCUUGGCUCAGCAGUGCAAGCAUGUUGGGAGCUAUGCGAUUUGUUCCGUGAGGGUUGGACUCAGGUCCGACCAGAAAGAGGCACACCACGUCCUUCACAAACGACCUUUUCACAAAUUUCGGAUCAGAUGAGCCGGUCGUCUCAUUCUCGUACGGCCAAAAACAGUUUACCCAGCUUACCCGAAAAUCCUGAACAUCCAGAGCAUGCUCGCAUGCGAUAUCAACCCGAACCGCAAAUUCCUGAAACACCCACUACCGAGUUCGAAGACACGCCUAUUUCACCAGAAGAACAUUCUCCUAAUAUUCCUAAUAUUCUUGUCCUUGGCACAGAAAACAAUCGUUCAAUGAAUCGAUGGUCAAGCGCGACAUCGACCUUGUCUGGAUAUUCUCAAGGCAGUCAAAAAACAUCUAGCACAAUCACUACCGCUACGAGUCCAGAAGAUGCCAAUCUUACCCGACUCAAAAUUCUCAUUCUCAAAGCCGCCAUGAACGUUGGAUUUUCACGAACCACACCAACAUCUGCAGUUCCCAGCAAGACCGAGCCUCCUGCCCUCCAAAAGUUUGUGAAAGCCCUUCCAACGGGGUCCUUUGGCUCACUCCCUAGCCACGCAACUCUAUUAGCUUCAUACAAAGACCUUGUUCUAGGCGACCCCACGUUUCGAAGUUCAAAGUCAUUACCAGCUAUUGGCAAGAAAGCUAGUGCCGUGGAUGUGGCUAAGAGUGUCAGUUGGAUGAUGAGAAGUGGACAAUACGCAUUUUUGAAAGAUCUAUUCAGAUUGGUAUUCGGCUUUCCAUUGGAUGAAGCCGACACUAGGAAAAAUGUUAGUGUUUCAGUCUAAUUGGAUGGCUUGGAUUCUGCUUGUUCAAAAAUUGGCCGGCUAUAUCUUUACACAAUCUCGAAACAAUACGGAGGACGGACAGGAAGUUAUGUCACAUGUACGAAGUUCAAUCCAAAUCUGGAUAGGGUCAAGUGUUUGAUAAGGGAGGCAUAAAGAAGAAGGGAUGCAUGUAAGGCGUUCCUAGGCUUGGUGUGUUUGGUGCAUACAUUCGUUUUAGCAGGCUUGGACUUUGGAAAUUGUUUAGAUACCCCCCAAGGAAGUCAGGUUGUUGGCGUUCAGACUUGGCGCUGACAUAGGUCGUAUUCCAUCAUUUACUUGCCAUCAAUGCAACAUUUAGCCUCU